AUGGCGAGAUCGAAGACGAAGCAGCUCUCCUACAUCGCGGUGCCCUCUAAGGUCAUCCACUCCUUGUCCUCCUCGUCUCUCCAGAACCUCAUCCUCUCCCCCAAGAAGUCCUCGCGGUCCGGGAACCGCCUCUUCUCCCUCUCCAUAAGCCCAAGGUUCUUUCUUUUGUUCCUCUUUAUUUUCGCUCUGGUCGGAACGUUACAGAUCGGGUUCCGCCUCGACCCGCUUCUCCCCUUCUCGCCGAUGCCUUGCUCCACCGACGGCCGAGGGAUAACGGCGUCGGCCGUCGUACGGACGACCGAUUCAAGGUUCCCGAUCACGGCGGUGGCUGGAGGAGAGGGGUGGAAGGAGGAGGAGGAGGAGUUCUGGAGGCAACCGGAGGGAAUGGGGUACCGGCCGUGCCUUCAGUUCAGCAAGGAAUACCGGCGGCAGAGCGAGGCGGUGCGGGCGGACCGGCGCAAGUACCUCCUGGUUGUGGUCUCCGGCGGGGUGAACCAGCAGCGGAACCAGAUCGUCGACGCAGUUGUCAUCGCCCGGAUCCUCGGUGCCGCCCUUGUCGUCCCCAUCCUCCAAGUCAACGUCAUCUGGGGGGAUGAAAGCGAAUUCUCUGAUAUAUUCGAUCUGGAGCAUUUCAAGAGAGUUCUUGCGGACGACGUGCGGGUGGUGUCGUCGCUGCCGUCGACCCAUAUAAUGACGAGGCCGGUGGAGGAGAAGCGAACCCCUCUCCAUGUGUCACCGCGUUGGAUUCGGUCAAGGUAUCUCAAGCGGCUGAAAAGAGAAGGGGUUUUGCUUCUGCGCGGAUUGGAUUCCAGGCUGUCAAAAGACCUUCCACCCGAUCUCCAAAAGCUUCGAUGCAAGGUUGCAUUCGAAGCAUUGAGGUUCUCAGCUCCCAUAUUGGAGUUUGGCAACGAGCUUGCCAUGAGGAUGCGGAGUAAGGGGCCAUACCUUGCACUACAUCUACGAAUGGAGAAGGAUGUAUGGGUGAGAACUGGUUGUCUUCCUGGCUUGAGCCCUGAGCAUGAUGAGAUCAUUCAAGAAGAAAGGAAGCGCAGACCAGAGCUCCUCACUGCAAGAUCCAACAUGACUUACCAUCAACGCAAGCUUGCUGGCCUCUGCCCGUUAAAUGCACCAGAAGUCACCAGACUGCUUAAAGCACUGGGAGCACCUAAAGAUGCGAGGAUAUACUGGGCUGGUGGGGAACCAUUUGGUGGAUUGGCUGCCUUGCAGCCACUAACCAGAGAGUUCCCCCAUUUCUACAGCAAGGAGAAUCUAUCCCUGCCUGGUGAACUGCAGCCAUUUGCCAACAAGUCUUCUCUUCUAGCUGCCAUUGACUACAUAGUUUGCGAGCAGAGUGAUGUCUUCAUGCCUUCCCAUGGAGGGAAUAUGGGACAUCUGAUGCAGGGGCACAGGGCAUUUUCAGGGCACAGGAAGUUCAUAACCCCGAACAAGCGGCAGAUGCUCCCUUACUUCCUUGACACCUCACUUCCUGAAUCUGAGUUCAACGGAAUCAUAAAAGAACUGCACAAGGGAUCUCUUGGGCAGCCCGAGUUUAGGAAGGUCGGGAGGGAUGUCACAGCCUAUCCAGUUCCUGAGUGCAUGUGCAACAAUACGAGCACAAGGUCACCAUUGUAGCCAGAGUUUGAAGGAAUUUUGUCUUCAUUGGACUAGAUUGCAAUGGGGCACUCUUUAGCAACAUCACCGUUGAGUUUUCACAGCGAAGCCGAGGCAUUGGGGAUCAAUUUCAAAAUAUGAGGGCUUCCUGCUGGUCUGGAAGCCAACAUUUUGCCAGGGAGGCCAGUGUGGUGGUUCUCUCCAUCUGAAAACAGAGAGUGGUGGGUUCCUCUCCAUCUGAAAACAGGUUCAUGUCAUAUAUACAGAAGUAUAAUGAUGCACAGAUAGACAGCUCCAAACUAAUUUGCACCAAGAGCCCUUCUUUCCUGUAUGUAUAUUGCUGUUGUUGUUCAUUAUAUAUUGGGAAUCAAUUAUGGGGAUGAUUCUUUGAUUAUUUCUAGCACUUGUAUGAUGUAUCCAGCGAACUUGUUAUGCAUACAGUUCCAUUGUCAAAUAUGAGGUAUCAUAAAUGAUCAUUCUGGUCACGCUUUUGGUUAUGGUGAAAAA